AUGAAAGGUACUACACUUGUUGCUUUUGAUCUUUACGGUACACUGCUCUCGACAGAGUCGAUUAUCAAGCAGCUGGAGAAGCACUUCAGCCAUGCCAAGGCGCAGUCGAUCUCCGCUCUUUGGAGACGAUAUCAACUGGAAUAUACAUGGCGGCUGAACAGCAUGGAUCGAUAUGAAGACUUCUCAGUCAUCACAUUUAACUCCCUUCAGCAUGCACUGGCCGAUAAUGGGGAGCAGCUGAGCGAUGACGAUAUCGAACAACUGAUGGCAGCUUACGAUAAUCUUUCCACAUUCACCGACGUGACCCCGACCCUGACUAAAGUAGCAGCAGACCCAUCCCUCGAGGCCGUGAUCUUUUCCAAUGGCACCAAGACCAUGGUAUCCAACUCGGUGCUCCGGUCGAAGGACCUCUCGCCACACGCGAGCGCGUUCAAAGAUCUCGUCACAGUGGAUGAGAUCGAGCGCUACAAACCAUCGCGGGCAACCUACCAGCACCUAGCAACUCAAAUGGGCAAAGUCCCAACCCAGAUGAGCAAGAUAUGGCUGAUCAGCGGUAACCCAUUUGACAUCGUCGGGGCGCGCAGUACAGGCAUGCAGGCUAUCUGGGUUGAUCGCGCCAACGCAGGAUGGAAGGACGCUGCAGCUCCUGAUCUACAACCGACGGCGAUUGUACACAAUCUGGAACAUAUUGUGGAAGAAAUCCGGGCUCGGAUUUAA